AAAUGUGCAGUCGGUAUGUGUAGUUACUUCAUUCAAAAUGUCGUUACAGGAUCUGUUGAAGACGCUGUUCAUGUUACAUGUUCCGAUUCACAAUGGGAUAUUGAAGUCGAUAUGAACAUACUACAAGCGCAGUAUCCAGCCAUAAAACCCGUUGACAUAUUCUUGGGUGAAUCUAAAUGUCUUGGAAAGCUGGAAGGGUCUCUACUGAAGUUCCAGUAUGACCUAAACAGCUGUAAAACUGCAGAUAUGACUUCAAGUAUAACGCAUAUUUACAGCAACAAAUUACUUUACGUGAUGUUUGAUCCUGUGAUACCAUUCCUCAUUAGACGUCACAUUUGGACGUUCAUUGUGGAGUGUGACGUAAUCAGAGGUGGAACAGGGACGUCACAUUUGCAUCACGGCAUUGAGACACACCAUUCAACUUAUGUGAAGCAUUACAAUGUCACCGUGCAGCUUUAUAGUGACAGGGGUUUUCAUAACCCCAUUAUUCAAGAGGCAAGUGACAUACAUGUUGGUGAUGACGUGUAUGUGAAGGUUUCUACAAAUAUCCCCGAUUGGAAUACAAAGAUGCGACUUCACACAUGCUUCACAAAACCAAACGCCAAUGCAACAAACGAUAAAGAUAUCAUACUAAUAAGCAAUGGUUGUGAGGUCGACAGUAGUACACACAUUAUUUCUCAGUCAACGCAUGAAACAAGUUUUGUCUUCACGGACUUUGAGUAUCUAACAAAUGACGAAGGCUUAGACAUUUUCUGUAACGCAACAUUCUGUGACGCAAGGGAUUACUCGCCUGAAUGUUCACAAGCAUGCUUUCGUGGUCCUGUAAUUAUCGGAUAAACAGCUUAAUGCAUAUUCUGUUGUUGAAUUUGUUGUAGCACUAUAAUUUCGUUUAAAGUGACUCCACUGAGGGGUUUUGGCUUAACAGUACUUGAAAGAUAAAUGUCUAAAAUUACAUCUCAUUCGGUCAUUCCAUUUUUCCAGAAUAAUAAGUUUAGUUGUAAAAUAUAUCCAAUACGAGUCGCAACGCUUUUCACUCAAAUCGGUCUAAGAAUGGCAAAAUAGUAACAUAAUUUUCAAUUAAAUUUUGUUGUAUACAACUUUAUUACAUUUUGCAUUAUCUUUCUGUUGUAAGUAGCCCUGGUGAUCUGUGUUAGCAAUUCAGAUUUUAUGUUUUUUAGGUCUUUGAGUUCCUUUAUACAUUUGAUCAUAAUUCAUAUUAAUUAUAUAUUCAAUCAUAAUCCAUAUUAGUUUUGUUAAGGCUUUGGUGGUUCUUUUAUUAUCUAAUAACUAUUUUAUUAUCUAAUAACUAUUUUAAAUAAAAUCCAAAUAAGGUUUGUUUAAAUUGUUUAUGAGUUUGUGGUCCAACAUUUAUCUGUUUUAUAUAUUAAUUAUAACCCAUAUAUGCUUUGUUCAUGCUUUCAUGAACCAGCAUGGUCUAUUAAAAAUACUUAUAAUGAUC